AUGGAGCGCUUGCUCGAAGAAAGACUGAGUAUGCAUUAUCGCGAUAUUCACUCCGAGAACACGAUUCGCAUCAUUAAGUAUAUUGGCCCAAAAGCUGGUGGCAACAUAACACUUGCGUUGUUAUAUCUGGAAGACAUCUUUACCCGCGACCAGAUCGCUGCUUUCAGCAUAGAUCGAGUUGACGACAGGCUGCCCAGGGACGUCAUUGCUUAUUUUGACACCGAGAUGAACUUCAUCGAACGCAAAAUGGAACCCGAGCGCCUGCCUCCGAUAUAUGCAAUCGGUGCCGCUGCAGAUCAUUCACACGGAAUCUCUCUGGAAGCACUAGAACAGUGUAUACGCCUUGCCCAGAUCACUUGUUCAAGUUUAGAUUAUCCCAGGUCUGUUGAAGACGUCUUCACCGCAGCAAAUGGAUGGCUUACAGAUCCACGCACUGGAGACCGAAAGGUGGAUAUAUGCUGCAAACCCGCCUUCUCUAUAUACGUGAAAGAGAAGUACAAUGAUUCGCUAGAACGGGCGAGGCACCAUGUCAAAUCUACGGCAAGAGAAAGGUCUGGUGCUACUCCAUUACAUCAGUUCCAAGAGACAUCCUCAUCGGACAAGACACCUGAUCUCUUAGGAAGCACAUUCGACACAUUAGCAAGCGACAGGCCUCCCCCGACACCGCUCAUGAGCCUCGAAGAUGGCCUUCGUAUCCGUGAGCUGGAAGGCACCUUUGGCCAGGCAUCAUUCCUCGACAAGGGCGAAGGGCUAGUCCAAUCGCCGCCUAGAAUCAACAGCGCUGAAUAUGUACCGCAGGCGUUUCAGGGCAUAUCUCCGCGCCAUAAGCCUGAAGGAAAAGUCACGCAACCAAAGCUAGCUCCAGCGCAGUCGCCAGUGAGACUCUCGCUCUACGCCAACGUGGAAGAUUUUGUAUUGAAUGCCGAAAACUGGCCAUUGUAUCACUGGACCCUACGAGCACUACCACGCGGCAGAGAGUUAAAAGGAUCAAUGAUGUUACGGUUUCGAUCUUCUCAUCCGAAACUCACAACCAAGGCUUUCCGAUUACUACCAGGAACCGAUCUGCAUGUGCCUGUUCCUGAGGAUUUACAGGGAACAACCGAUCCAGAACGCAGUGGCGGGCAUCAAAUCAACAGAUGGAUGGACACUUGUAUGCGCAAUCAUCAAGACUGCAGCAAAGCCUGGCACGACCAGCGAUCCAAGCUCUCCUUCCUACCGACGCGACUUCUGGAUGUUGACACUGGAGAUGACAACACCAUCCGCUUGGUAGAUACCAAAAUAACGAAAGUCAAGGGUCCUUAUUGCACGUUGAGCCAUGCAUGGGGACCACAAGAGAAGCCGUUCCUCACUACCACCGUGUGGAACAUGGCGAAGCAUCUGAUCACAGGCAUCACCCUAGACGAGCUUCCACGUAACUUCCAACACGCAAUAUACGUGACCCGCUUCUUGAAGGUGCGGUAUAUCUGGAUUGAUAGUCUCGCGAUCGUGCAGAAACCCUUUGGUGACUUUGCAAAAGAGGCCGAUCUCAUGCACAAGGUGUAUCGAUACUCUCACUGCAAUAUCGUUGCAGCGGACUCGAGGAAUGCGCACGGCGGUCUUUUCAAGACGCGAAACCCUCACGAAAUCCUGCCGGUCACAUACCAGGGGACCAAUGCGCGUCAUCAUUUGGGGGAGAAGAGUUGGACGAUUGUCCCGGCGGAUCUUUGGGAGAUGGAACUUCUGAGCUCCGUCAUAUACGGCCGCGCCUGGGUCUUCCAAGAACGCAUUCUUUCUCCUCGCAUCCUCCACUUCACAAAGCAUCAAAUAUUUUGGGACUGUGCUACGCUCUCAGCCUGCGAGGUAUUCCCGAAAGGUCUUCCCUUCCCUCUCGAUCACAAAGCGAGCACGGAUCGACACUGGAGAGGACGGCUAGCUAGAAACACCGUCUCGUCAAACGCGUUGGUCGGUGUCAACGACAACGAAAGCUCCUACACUUUCUGGAUGUCCGCAGUACAAAACUAUACGGAGUGCGAUCUGACUAAUCAAUGUGACAAGACAAUAGCGAUCUGGAGUAUCGCGAAGUUGCUACGCGAUUUCAUGAACGAACAAUACGCUGCGGGCAUGUGGUCUGAGGCGCUGGAGGAGCAAUUGGCUUGGAGAGUGCGGGAUACCAAAGCAUGCAAGAGGAUGCCAGAGCUCGAUGCCAAUAUCCCCAGCUGGUCAUGGGCAAGUAUCAAGGGUGCUGUUGUGCCUCAACACCGACUGGCGAUACGAUCAUACCAGAUCACAGAUCACGAUGGAGCUGUCAUCGAUUUUGCGGUCAAAGAAGAAACCAGGCAAGGCGAUAAGGAGCCUAUAUUAGAGAGCAGAAUAUUGGCACUGAAGACCCACAUCAACAUUGGGCGACUGGUAAUAGUGCCAGAAGACCAACACCGUCUCCGGUUCUGGAGCGAGAUCUGUACAGAAACCGUUGAACUAGAUGUCUUCCUCGACACUCCACUAGCCACCUCAGGCAUCGACCCAGAACACUGCGCAUUCAUCAUCCUCGCCGCAUCCGCCACUCCAAACAUCGCCAACACCCCUCAAGCGCGCCAGACGUACUCCGGCGUUGGUCUCCUCCUCAUCAAACACUCUUUCUGGAUCGCCAGGCAGAGAUGGCUGUACCAAGACUACAAAAGCGCACUAGCAGGCGUAGAACCGUCUCGAGAACAAAGAUGGCGCCUAGAUGCCUUCGAGAAACUCAUGUUGCAGCAGUCAGAGAGAAUCAUGGAAAUGGGAGGAAUGAUUGAAAGCGUGUAUCGGCGGAUGGGAGCGCUGCAUUUCCGGGAUAUGGAUGAGCGGGCUUUCAAUUCCUUGACGAAUAACCGGCAUCGGGAGGAUAUUUGGUUGGAGUGA